AGGGAGGUGGAAAGCCCUCCCAAGCCCUGCCUUGCCCCGUCCUUCGGCUCCGGAGUUUGGAGGGCUCUGUCCCCCUCUGCGCCUCCACGUUGCAGAGAUGCUGUCCUGCCGCCUGCCGUGCGCCCUCGCCCUGCUGUCCAUCGCCUUGGCCAUGAGCGGGGUCACCGCCGCUCCCUCGGACCCGAGGCUCCGCCAGUUUCUGCAAAAGUCUCUGGCCGCGGCAGCAGGGAAGCAGGAACUGGCCAAGUACUUUUUGGCAGAACUCCUCUCAGAACCCAGCCAGACAGAAAAUGAAGCCCUGGAAUCGGAAGAUUUGCAACAGGAUGCUGAACAGGAUGAUAUGAGAAUGGAGCUUCAGCGAUCUACUAACUCAAAACCAGCUAUGACACCCAGAGAACGCAAAGCAGGCUGCAAGACUUUCUUCUGGAAAACAUUCACAUCCUGUUAGCUUUAUAAUCAUUCUGACCCAUAUUAGACCUCUCACCCUUGUCCUCUAAUCCCCCACCCCACCUUCUUUCCUAAUCCCUGAAUCCUCAGCAAAAUCUUCACAACAGGAGCCGAAGACUGUAAAUACACAAUAUACAGUUCUGGUGACAUUUAAAACAAUAAUUUGAUUUCAUAUUGUUUAAAUAAAUCCUUUCUGUUUCAAUUGUACAUGAUUUAGCUUGGGUUGUGAUUUCCAACUAGUUCUUCAAGAUAUGCACUCCAACUCUCACAGAUGUACUAUUUUUAAUUCUUUGUCGCAAUAAAGUUUAUGUUUCAAACUCUA